UUCGUCCCGGCCCAGUGUUGCGGCGCUCGGCAGUGUGUACAGCACCUAAUCCACUCUUGACUUUACUCCAUUAUUCCUGCUUGAGUCCAUGUCUUUAGCUCUCCGGUGACUUACUUGACGUGUACCUUAUCGCAUUGACCCAGCAGCCCGUCUGCACUGCCCUUCGAUCGACGCCUUUGCGGAGUAUCAACGCCCUCUCUAAAAAGACAUCUCAACAUGAAUCCGUCGUUCGUCAGUGCCCUGACGAGGGCACUGCCAUCAAUUGGCAGACCUUUGCAACUCCGAGUGUCGCCUUUUAGUUCGAUAAGGUCUUUUUCAUCCUCUCCGGCAACACCCGCGAAUGACACAGGAGCGACUCGUGAACUGGAGAAACACAUUUUGGGCGUACCCUCGGCGGCAGACGAAGAUUCACCCAAGUCUGCGCUCGAUCAGUUCUUCGAAACGCGCAAGUCUGGCCAGAAAACAAGCUCAGUGUAUCGCCAAAUGGCUGAGUCCCUGGAAGCCGAGAUUCUCAAGCAACCCUAUGCCGACCGUGCUCCUCCCCACUAUCUCCAUAUUUACGCUCACAGGCGCAACACAAUCUUGACAUUGACAAAGCCCAACGGGAACGUUAUGUUAUCCCUCAGCUGUGGUCACCUCGGCUUCCGCAAAAGUGGACGUUCUGGCUAUGAUCCGGCCUUUCAGUUGACCUCCCAUUUCUUCGCUCAGAUGCACGAAAGGGCCUACAUGCUUGAGAUCAAGCGCUUGGAGCUCGUUUUCCGUGACUUCGGACAAGGCCGGGAAGCUUUCACAAAGGUUCUUAUGGGCAACGAGGGCAAGAAUGUCCGAAACGCGGUCGUUAGCGUAACAGAUUCAACUCGCCUCAAAUUCGGUGGAACGAAAAGCAGACACGUUCGGAGAUUGGGUUAAGGGGGAUGGUCUAUUCUUGGUGCUGGGUGGGGAGAAGAGUUUGCUCGAAUAUAUGUGCUUCAUCUUGAAGCAGAAUGUCUGGUUGUUGGGACGAAUGAGGAGGGAAGAGAAAGGGUACUAUUUGGUGGUGCUCAAGGUUCUAAUGCUGGCCUGCUUGUUCGGACUCAACAGGAUGUCUCUACUGGUAAGAAUUGUCCGGAUCAGCUUCGCAACGGAGCGAAGAUACAUGAUGUCUCGUCGACUGGGUUGGAAGAAGACGAGGCCCUGCGCUACCCACGAUGUUUCUCUUUUCACCUAUUUAACUUGUGUAUACUAUUGUCAGUCUGUUUACUGGGGUUCUACGGGACACUAUCAUUUUUAAACAAUACAAAAGAGACUUUGUAC